AAUAAUAAAGCCUACAACUUUGCUUGGUCGCUGUAGUGCAAGCUGUUGCAUUUAGAGAGUGAUAAUAGUUUUACAACUCGUGAUGAGAUGUAAAAAAGGAGGCAAGAGGGUCUGUUUUGUCAGUUAUUGUCUGGUAAGCGUGGUUAUAGAUAGAUCAUUAGAGGCAUCACUCUCCUACCCUGUGAAAUCUUUGCCUUGUUGUACUGGCACUCUUGUUUUGUCCUUUUGAUGGUCCUUCCUAAGUUCUCUGCUCUCCACACAAAACCAAAUAUAAUCUGUAAUCAAAGGUUCCUCUUAUUUCUUCUACUUGCAUUGACACAACUACCUCCUUUUAUCUCUAUUCUCGUGUCCUUUGUCUCUCUCCCACCCAUAUGAGCAGGUAAAAGCUUUGUAGUUGUAGAGAGCAAUAAAAUAAAGACAAGGAAAAGAACACAUAACAAGAAGCAAAGCAUGAAUGGUGCUGCAAGUGUUGAGACAGACUCUGAGUUUGUGGAAGUUGAUCCUACAGGAAGAUAUGGACGAUACAAUGAAGUUCUUGGCAAAGGAGCUUCCAAGAUAGUCUACAAAGCAUUUGAUGAGUAUAAAGGUAUAGAAGUAGCAUGGAACAAAGUAAAGCUUUAUGACUUUUUGCAGAAUCCUGAAGACAUUGAGAGGCUAUACUGUGAAAUUCAUCUUCUCAAGACAUUGGAGCACAAGAACAUCAUGAAGUUCUAUACUUCUUGGGUUGAUAUUGCAAACAGGCACAUCAACUUUGUCACUGAGAUGUUUACCUCCGGGACUCUAAGACAGUACAGGCUUAAACACAAAAAGGUUAACAUCAGAGCUGUUAAGCACUGGUGCAGGCAGAUAUUGGAAGGGCUUCUCUAUCUCCACAAUCAUGACCCUCCUGUUAUCCAUAGAGACCUCAAGUGUGAUAACAUUUUCAUCAAUGGCAACCAAGGGAUAGUCAAAAUUGGUGAUCUUGGCCUGGCUGCGUUUCUCCGCAAAUCUAAAGCUGUUCGCUGUGUUGGCACACCUGAGUUUAUGGCUCCCGAAGUGUACGAAGAGGACUACAACGAAUUGGUUGACAUAUACUCUUUUGGAAUGUGCAUCUUGGAGAUGGUCACGUUUGAAUAUCCAUAUAGUGAAUGCAGCCAUCCUGCUCAAAUUUACAAGAAAGUUGUCUCAGGAAAGAAGCCAGAAGCUCUUUACAAAGUAAAUGAUCCUGAGGUUAGGCAGUUUGUAGAGAAAUGCUUAGCUACUGUAUCUCUCAGACUUUCAGCUAAGGAACUCUUGGAUGACCCUUUUCUCCAAAUUGAUGAUUAUGGAUCUGAUUUGAUAGUAGAGAAGUAUCAAAGAGAUUGCUAUGAAGUAACACCAACAGUUAGGCAACCUCUGAAUGGAAUUCAUAGCAUUAAUAACACCUUAAUGAGUGUGUACAGCGAAAAUCUUGGUGGUUUUGGACCUGUAUCUGAAUCGGAUUACCAUCAAGGUGAUUUUGAACCAUGUGAAAUUGCUCUAUUUGAUUGUGAAGAGGAUGAUGAUUUGGCUGUAGAUGACACCACAAUCAUAGGUAGAAGAAGAGAUGAUGGCAUCUUUUUGAGAAUCAGAAUAGCAGAUAAAGAAGGUCAAGUUCGAAACAUCUACUUCCCAUUUGACACAGAGACUGAUACUGCAUUGAGCGUUGCAAAUGAAAUGGUUGCUGAGCUUGACAUCACUGAUCAAGAUGUAACAAAAUUAGCAAACAUGAUAGAUGAACAAAUUGCAACCUUGGUCCCAGGGUGGAAAACAGAACCCAGAACAGAGGAAGAUUCCGAACGUUCAAGUUUCUGCGUUAAUUGUGCUGAAAGGAAUUCCUUAAUUGAUUAUGUUCAAUCAGACAAACCAUGUGCCAAGAACCUGCAAUUUCUUCAUUGUUCUAAAACUGGAUGUGCUGCAGUUCAUGGCCGAUUUGAGGAAAUCACAUUCCAAGUUGAAGGGUCUGGAAAUAGUGCUACAGGAAAUCCACCAGCUGCAUCAAGCCAAGUCAAUGGCAUUGGUUAUACCGAUAUCUGGGCUCAGCGAGAGGAACCAGAGUUAUGUACUGAAGAGUUAAAAGACAAACAUUGUGACCAAGCUAAUGAGGCAUCAAACCUACCAACCAUCAAGGAGGAAGAGAGAACAAUUGAUGUUGAUGACCACAGUGAUCUCAAUACCAGAAAGCUUCCUUCUAGCCCUGCAUCAGAUGGUGUUCUCUUAGACUACGAGAAUGAAAUUAGGCAAGAACUAAGAUGGCUCAAAGCAAAGUACCAAAUGCAGUUAAGAGAGCUUAGAGACCAACAACUUGGGGGUAAACCAAAAUUUACUAGCUUAUCUCCUGACACUGAUGAAUUAGAGCAUGGGAGAGAUGGGGCUCUGAGGCUAUCAGCUAAAUCCCACUUGAGGAUACAAAACAACAAACAGUUGAUGAGAUCUUUGGCUUCUGGGAAGCAUUUUCAUGCUGACGCUGAGCAAUGCACCACUUUGGUUGAUCAAAUGAUUCAAAAUGGUGAUGUGACUAGUGGGGCUAACAGUCCUGAGCAACUAAUGUUCACAGCCAAGGAUUUCUUCACAGGAGCCUUGCUUCCACACCCCCUUCAUAGGGCAACCUCGCUUCCUGUUGAUGCAGUAGAUGUUUAGAAUCUAGAAACCACGAAAAAAAUUCAUAGUUAUCACAUAAGUGAGCACCAACAAAACAUACUUAAAGGGUCACUUCUUUGCUUAAAUUUAUGGAAAAGAAAAUCAGAGCCAGAGGUGAUGGAAGUUACUCCAACGAACCUUUCUGUAAUGUACCCUUCUCUAGUAAGAUCACAUGACCUAGUAUGAGAUAAUGUCAGAUGUAUAUCAUACACAGGCUAACAAAUGAAAUAAGUUUUAAGGCAAAUUUUCACACUAGACGCACUUCUUCAUAUAAUAUGGGAUGCUUUCAUGUACGUUUGAUUCAUGAGAUACUUUAUUUGAUACUUGUAAAACCAGGAAGGCUUCUCUAUGAGAAAAGUUUUUAUCCUUUUGUCUUUA